AUGGAGACGUCGUCGUCAACAUCUGCGUCGUCAUCGUCCUCGUCGUCGAUAUCGACACGGCAAUUGCGUCGCAAUUUUAAUAUGGAAAGUCUCAGCAUCAGCGAACCAGCUGACGGCGAUGAGGAACAGGAUUUCACAUUUCGUUAUCCGAGCUAUAUGUAUCCCGACGUCGAGUACGACAAGCAUGAUGUGCCGCUCUCCUUUCGAGCCACGCCAGACUCGCUGUUCAAUCUGUGCGCCGCUGCUGUGGACGCCCAGGCGCGCACUGAAGUCUUCAAGUGGAGCAUAAACGAUGUCGCCGAGUGGCUGCGUGAAUUCGGCUAUCCGGAGUACGAGGAAACCUUCAGGCAGAACUAUAUCGAUGGACAUAAGCUGCUCAAUCUGGAUGCCAUCGCUUUGGUGGCGCUGAAUAUACGCGAUUUUGAGCAUAUUCGCCAUUUGGGUCGAGGGAUUCGAGCGCUCUAUCGCAAGGAACUGCAAACGGCGACGCAAACGAAACAUCAGAGCGAGGUCUACAAAUCCUUUCGAUUCCGCACCGGUCGCAAAUACGAGGGUCUUCGUGAAACGGAGCUACUGGGACGCAUGCACAUGUUACGCUCUGUCUUCCAGGACAUCAACGACUGGGAGCUAAUGGAGCUCCACAUGGCGCGCAAACCGGUGCGUCGAUAUCGUGAGGUGUUGGCCAGCUCGAGGCGUUAUAAUUUAUACGGCCCCACAGCAGCACGCAGAUCGCCUCUUACCAUGGAUGAUGGCGAUACAACGGCUUGGUAUAAUUUCGGGAAUUGUUAUUGAGCUGCCAAGUGGCAAAUUCCCAAAACCCACCACUA